AUGCAGGCUAUCACUCUGUUCUUUGCCGUCGCUCAAGCAGCUAUGAUCAUGGCAGCACCAGCCUCUGAUGCCAACACCAAUGUUGCUCGUGGUGACAGUGGCUGUUAUCCUUACUCAAACCCGGAUUGUGGUGUUAGUGGCACCUUCUGCCAAUGCGCCAAUGGAGACUUCUACCUCUUCAACGAAAGCACCAACGACUGCCAGCCCCCAUGGGCCUACGUGACCAACAAUGUGGGUGGGCUUCCCGGAUCCUAUUGCUAG